GUGAGAGUAGGUCUGGUGCUGCCACUGUGGAGAGACACCGAGAUCAAGUUGGAUGGGGAUGGAGGGUUCAUAGUGCACAGUGGAGACCAUCAGGCAGUCUUCAAGCCGUCCUCUGUACAGAGCAUGUGGACGACGCUGCAGAGCCUGUACCAGUCGACGGAGAACGCACGAGUCAACAACUACUACGUGGGUGGUCUGUCCCACACCUGGAUGAGCUUCUACCUCGCGCAGCUCACCGACGACUGCCUCAUCCGCAAUGAGUGGAAUCUGUUGAAGGAUGUGGAGUCGUUCAGACCAGACUCUCUCAUAUACUCCUCCAACAUAUCAUCCACCAAAGCUGGCAAUGUGUUUGAGAAGCAGCUCGUGUCCAAACUACGUGGAGUGAUGCUCCACGAAGACCUCGAGGAGGUGACAAGUCGCCAACUGAGAGAGAAGCUGGAGAAGGAGAUGGACAUGGGGUUGACCGAGUACCGCGAGUUUCUCGACAGACACAUGUUGAGGAUCCUGGGACAGCUCGAACAGCCAUCCAAGAUCCUGGAUUACCUCUACCUGGGUUCAGAGUGGAAUGCUUCUAACCUCAGUGAGCUCGAAGCCUUUGGGUGAGUCUGAGACAACUACAUAAGUAUAUUACAUGUAUUUGUAAUACAGUGUGUACGUAGGCGACUAUUAUUAUAAUAUGUUCUCCAGGGUUGGAUACAUCCUGAACGUGACGAGAGAGAUUGACAACUUUUAUCCCGAGUCUUCAAGUACCUCAACAUCAGGUUUGUAUUGUGUGUGUGUGUGUGCUAUGUAUAAGGGAUGAGCUACUAAAACUUGGAAAUCACAUGGGGAAUACUGGAGUACGUCAUUGUGUGUGAUUUGGGGUUUUGUGCUUUGUUUCGCCUCUUCUUCUUUCGUUGUCAUUCUUUCAACUCAAAUAUUCUGUGUUUGACUGGAGUGUGUGUGUGUGUGUGUGUGUGACGUGUGCAGGUUGUACGACGUUCCUGACAGUGAGCUGAUCAAACACUGGGAGAAAACCUACAGAUUCAUCAAAGAAGCAAAAAUGAGGGACACCAAAGUGCUUGUUCACUGCAAGAUGGGAAUCAGCAGAUCUUCUGCCACCGUGAUAGCGUACAUGAUGAAGGAGUAUCAGAUGCCACUGGCAGAUGCCAAGAAAACACGUCAAGAGCAUUCGUGGUUGCAUCAACCCCAACGAUGGUUUCAUGAGUCAGCUCCACUCCUACGAGGGAAUCCUCACUGCCAGACACAACCCUCGCUGGGGUAAAUACGCCCCCACCCGACUCUACUCCAAACGCUCUGUCUCGGACCCGGACAUCAUGCAGUCGCUGGAGAAGGAGGAGCUGGAGCGACGUGUCUCCAGAAGCGCGGCAGCAAGGAGAGUGGGGCGGAGGGAGG